AUGGCUCGCGUCUCCAGUCGGUUAAAACAAGGUACCAGCAAACCUGCUUCCCCCAGUGAAAUCCGCGCCAGCGCCAGAGGUAUUAGCCAGGCCAAGAGCCCUUGGUCUACCAAGAAAUGGGAUGCAUACCGUCGUCUUGGUGGCCAGUCUCCAUUCCCUCAUUUUCCACGUCCACUACCUGCGGAGUGUCGGCUGGCUCACCUCAUCCUCGCCGACCCGCACGUAGCUCGCGGACCACUCGCCGGCAAUGCAAUGACCGCGGACGGAACGGAAUGGCCCAGCGUCUUCCUUGAUGUUCUAGUUGGACUACUGUAUGGUGUUCUAUGCCAGGCGACGAAUGAAAACAACGCCAUCCGACAAGUGAACAGCAUGAAGCACGCGUACGGGGACUGGACCAACUAUGAAGCUAUUGCUCGGAAUGGGGAUCCUGCACUUCAGCAAGCACUGCAAUGCGGUGGCUUGCAUGUUCGAAAGUCCCAAACGGUCAUGAAAAUCUUAUACCAAGUCAAGGCCGCCCAUGGCACUUACAGUCUCAACCACCUGCUCCAUGCAGAGGACGACGAUGCCACGAAGAGCUUUUAUCAUAUAACGGGGUCGGACCCAAGACCGCUAGCUGUGUCUUAG